AGCAUGUUUCAGCCGGCGCCCAAGCGCUGCUUCACCAUCGAGUCGCUGGUGGCCAAGGACAGUCCCCUGCCUGCCUCGCGCUCUGAGGAUCCCAUCCGUCCCGCGGCGCUCAGCUACGCCAACUCCAGCCCAAUAAAUCCGUUCCUCAACGGCUUCCAUUCGGCCGCCGCCGCCGCCGCCGCUGGCAGGGGCGUCUACUCCAACCCGGACUUGGUGUUCGCCGAGGCGGUCUCGCACCCACCCAACCCCGCCGUGCCGGUGCACCCGGUGCCGCCGCCGCACGCCCUGGCCGCCCACCCCUUGCCCUCCUCGCACUCGCCACACCCCCUCUUCGCCUCGCAGCAGCGGGACCCAUCCACCUUCUAUCCCUGGCUCAUCCACCGCUACCGAUAUCUGGGUCAUCGCUUCCAAGGGAACGACACAAGUCCCGAGAGUUUCCUUUUGCACAACGCUCUGGCCCGAAAGCCGAAGCGGAUCCGAACCGCCUUCUCGCCAUCCCAGCUUUUAAGGCUGGAGCACGCUUUCGAGAAGAAUCAUUACGUGGUGGGAGCGGAAAGGAAGCAGCUGGCGCACAGCCUCAGCCUUACGGAAACUCAGGUAAAAGUAUGGUUUCAGAACCGGAGGACGAAAUUCAAAAGGCAGAAGCUAGAGGAAGAAGGCUCAGAUUCUCAACAGAAGAAAAAAGGGACACACCACAUUAAUCGGUGGAGAAUUGCCACCAAGCAGGCGAGUCCGGAGGAAAUAGAUGUGACCUCAGAUGAUUAAAAGUACAAACCUAAUCCCACAGAAAUGGACAGCAUGGAGCAAAAGAGACAGGGAGAGGAGGGAAAGAAAGAAAAAACCCUACAAAACCAAACCAAACUGCACACACAUUCACCAGGAAAGGGAGAGAGGGAGUCAGAGCAGCGGCUCGCAGCAGACUUUGGACAGCGAGGGCACUGGACCGGGCACUGCGCACGGAGGAGAUGGCAGAGGACGGAGGCCCCUUCAUCAACAUGCAACCCUCGUCUAAAGAGGCAGCUGAGUGAGUGAGAGAGACAGAGACUGGGAGGGAGAGAGAGGAAGGGGAAGGAAGAAUGAGAGAGAGAGAGAGAGAGAGAGAGAGAGAGAGAGAGAGAGAGAGAGAGAGAGAGAGAGAGAGAGAGAGAACAGGAACACGAUCCGGUCCUUGUGAGGCAAAGGCACAUUCUGACAAGAGAAGCUGUCAGUCAAAUGCCAAACCAGGGAAACAAGAUGAUUGGCAGGUAUUCCACUUAUCAAAGUCCAUUUAGAAAUGAUAAUGAUUUUUUAAAAAAAGGCACAGGACUUUUAAUUUUGCACUUCACAGUGUUUCCCCCAUCUUUGUUUAGAAAUAACAUACAAAAUUCCAUGUCUAGCCCCAUCCUACACCUGUUUCAAAAACUUGAAUUGCAUGUAGCAGUUGUUGGGCGAAUGGUGUCUAAAAAAUGAAUUGUAAUUUUAUUUUUCUGUUAAAGACAGGUUCUGUGUAUUUUUAUUUUUUCUGAGAAAUGUGCAGUCUGUAAAAACACUUUUUGAUACCUUCUGUUGUCAAAGUGAUUGUGAAAGCUAAAUGAAGUAGGCUCGGAGAUAGUGGUCCUCUUACAGAAAAAUGAGGGAGCAGCAUUGGGAUGGAGGGCGGGGGAGGGUGCCCCUGAGAAGAAUCAGGACUUGUGCUGGGGGGUUGAACAACUGGAGCAGCAGCAACAACAAUAACAACAAAGACCUAAAUUAAUUCUAUUUCUUGGAUAUUUCCUUUCCUAACAUUCUAAGACUUAAAACCACCAAGUCAAUGUCUCCUUUCAGUGGCUGGGGAAAUUGACUGCAUCCAGCCACUCAAAGUAAUGGCCAUCAGAACUUUAAGACUGUCUAUCGCAAAAGUGGAAGGAAGGACGAUAGUUAACUGGGUGGUAGCGUGGCCAAGGACAUGGGAGUUUUCAAGCACUGAGUUUCUCUUCCAAGACCAUAGACUUAUUAAAGAGGGUGACAAAUGCUUCCUUAGUGUCUUCUAUACCAGAAUGUAAAUAUUUUUGUGUUUUGUGUUAAUUUGUUAGAAUUCUAACACACUAUAUACUUCCAAGAAGUAUGUCAAUGUCAAUAUUUUGUCAAUAAAGAUUUAUCAAUAUGCCCUCA